AUGGCGCACGACCAGCAAGACCUGCCUCCUCUACCUGGUGAAGCUGUCGAGAACCAGAUGGCGCACAGCAAGCGAAACACCUCCCGCGCAGUCUUCACCUCACACGAGCGGGCACUGGCAAAGUCCAACUGGUCAACAGGCUCGGCACGCCUCAAUCGCGAUUCCUUCCUGCCCUUUGGCUCUUGUGGUCUCUGUCUCGGCAUCGCCCGGGAGCCUGUCGCUUGCCUGCACGGCGAUAUCUUUUGCCACGAGUGCGCCCUCGCCAACCUCCUAGCGCAGAAGAGGGAUAUCAAGCGAACGGCCAGGGUUCGUCGCGACGCUCAGCAAGAGGCCGAGCGUAUCAAGGCCGCAGAGCACGAGGAAGAUUGCGAAAGAGUUGUCCGCGAUUUCGAGACAAGUCAGGUCGGGCUGCCCACUACGAGCAAGCGAGGCAAGCCGGAGAUUAUCCCCGGAGAGCUGCCCUCGGAUGCACUGGUCCUUCACCCUGGCGGCAAGAACAAAUUUGCACUGGACGAAAAGGAGUUGAGUCGGAUAGCCGAUGAGGACAGGCUGAAGGCGCGACAGGCGAUUGACGACGAGAAGGUUGUAUUUCCCCCUUCACAUCCCGGUGACUGA